AUGGCUUCAAAUUCGACUUGUCCAGCUAUUAUUCAUAUUCGGGACUUCGUCGAGCAGGUCGAGCCGGACCCUACGCGUCCCGGUAAAGGGUUUUCGAUGCAGCUCCGUAUAUCACUCAACAUACCUUUAAAGGACAUUCAAUCAGACGACGUGGAACAAGACGAAAUUCCUACAUUGCUUAGAUUUUUUAACGAGGGUAACCAGUCCGACCUUUAUAAGUCAAACACCUUCAUCUACUCCUCGGGAUCUUUCCUAACCACCUCAUCCGAUGACGAUGAUUUUCAUGUUAUCAUCCACGCUCACACUUUAGACCGUCAUCCGGGUGAUGAAGACAACACUGAUAUAUAUUUCAUGCACUGUCCCGAAGCCGCUCAACCUACGGUGACAUUCCUUGUCACCGCGUACUUCAAAAAUGUUCAGCGAUGGGCGAACUUUCCACCACUGAACCCCAAUUCCUAUGUUUUCUUGACAGGUCGCAUUUUCGGCCUCACAAAAGAACGUCGCCAAUUAGCGGUCGUCACUGACGAUAUACAUUUCCUCCCAAGACCGAGUCAUCCUUUACCCGCCACCCCUUCUUCGACUGGUAAACGGAAACGUGUAGACCGUUGGUCUCAAAGGGCUGGCCCUCAAACCCCGAGCAAAUCGGCGCCAAGUUCGCGGACUGAAUCGCUCCCUACCCAUCCGCAACUACGUUCACCUGAAGUGGUUGCGCUAGAUGAGGAGGAUGAAGAAUCCACACAAAUUACAUGGCCAGAAACCACUGACGAAAACGAACACUCGCCACCUGCUGCAACACCACCCCCAGAGAGGCGUUCUCGAAGAAAACGUAAAACAUCAUACACAAUCAAAGAGUGA